GUGAUGAUCGGAAACAGUAGAAAAGACUAAACUAGCAGUGAUGAACCUUGACAACAUCCAGCAUCUGCAUCAACCCCCACGAUUCCCAGACAACACCCUAGAUGCUUGAGCCUCCUGUUGAUCAGCAGCGUGCGCCGUCGAGUGGCUACCAGGUGCCCAUCCAGCAGCUCCCUAGCGCUGGCUUCCGUAUUCCAUUGCAGGGGACCUCUCACUCUGGCUUACCACCAGAGUAUCUUGCUGGACAACCAAUUGUUAAUUGGGCUACUACCCCCAUCUACUUCGGCUCCGCCAUCUUCGAUAAAUCCGUCCAUCCAUGCAAGAUCGAAUACAACCGGCCUAAUUUACCUGCACCUUGCUCAGUUGCUGUUGACAAUGCAAUUAUCUUCCAUGAGGGGCGUUACGAUCUGCUCCAGUUCAAUCCUGAUACCAUGGAAUUUGUACGCGCGUCUGAAGGGCGUAUCCCGGCUGGCAGGAGGCCGGUUAAGGGCGGCUACGAGGAGGAUGGGAUGCCGCUGUACCAUGGUAUAGCUAUGCACCCUAAUAAGCAUAGAGUACCAGGAAAGACGAGCCCUCGCUUGCGCGGAUGCGUGUACUCUUAUAGUAACGACGUGCACCUUGUUACAGACUAUGAAAUCUUGUGUUGGAAGUAAUGGUGCAAGUGUAUAAGACGAGCGAAGACCCAUUUGAAAGUAUUUCCCCGAAUGCAGUGGGAUGUAACAAUGGAUUCAUUUCGGUGCAAAGCAUCGUCAUCUCAGUCAUAUGGUAGAAUGUACAGAGGAGUAACUUAACCUCGCCCAUUUUUUUUUCAACUCGGAUGAUGCAACCAGAUUUUGACCAGACAAGCAAGGUAUGGGUUAGUGUCGAAAAGAAUCAGUGAGCCCAUGCCAAGAAUGUGCGCAGAAAAAGAAGAGAAAGGUUGCAAGAUGCCGCAAGGGUCUUUGAACGAACCCGUGCCAGUAGUGGAGAGAUAUCACGAUGGGGUCAUGAUACGAACCCGCCCAAAGACACAAGGAAGAGAAGGAGGAGACCAAAGAAUGACAAUUUGUGAGUGGUCGAUACAGGAAGGAUUUAGAGAAGUCAAUGAUGAUGUUUGC